AUGGUAGGCCUUGCGCGCCUAGCGCUACUCUUUGGUGCUGUGGCUGGUGUGUGUCUCGCGCGGGAGGAGGGGACGCCGGUGUAUACGGGCGUCACCUCGUUUCCCACCGAGGCGUUCACGUCGAUGUACUACACGCCGAAGCGCAUGGAGCAGGAACCGCGGCCGAUUGUCACGCGUGUGAACGGUGGUGCAUUCCCCGACUCGCUCAACAACCCCACCACGCUACCAACGGCUGUGCCGACAGACCCCGUGCAGCUGCCGCUGCCGCUGCACGGCGGCGAGCAAGUAGGAAAAUUGAUUCAGGACGUAUGGGACAUUGCAGGUCAACUGUUUCGCCUCGACAAGUCCAGCUCGCUUACUUGCAAUUUGUGUCGCACCGGUCUCAAGACGCUACAGUCAGUUACCGACGUGAACCCGGAGAUUCUGCCUGACGUCAUGACAGCAGUCUGUGAGUCAUUCAAUCUCAUGGGCAAGAUUGAUGUCGCACAGCAGUGUGCCAAGACACUCGCCAAGGAGGUAUACGGCGGGCCUAUCACAGAGGUUAUGCGCUAUGCCAACUUCUCAGGAAAUGCACCGGAUGCGACGCAGAUCUGUGCACAGAUCCCUCGGCUGCAUCUAUGCGAUUGGCCAUCGGAGAAGCUCUCUGAGUCGUUUCUCAACGACUGGUUCCGUGGAAAGCGCCACGCUCACAAGAACGUCACCGAGCGCUGGGCUGCAAAGCAAGCGCGCGCCACAAACUCACCGCGGGAGGAAAUGCUGCGCGUGCUGCACAUUUCCGACUUGCACAUUGACGGGCGCUAUCAAGUUGGAUCAGAGAGUGCAUGCUACCACGGCAAGUUGCCCAAACAAAACAUUUCGCAAGAGGCGAAUUACUGGGGCAGUCUUACGUGCGAUGCCCCAUGGUCACUGAUUGGGAAUACGAUGCAGGCGAUUCAGGCGCUUGGUGGGAAGAAGGGCUUUGAUCUUGCUUUAUUCACCGGCGACCUUGGUUCUCAUGACGACCUGUACCGCUACUCGCGCGAAUACGUCGAGUGGUCGGAGCAGGCCAUGUACAAUACCAUGAAGCACUUUUUGGGCGAUACGCCCUUGAUAUCCACAUUGGGAAACCAUGAUAUGGGACCGGAAAAUAUCAUGACGCACCGCAACCUUCCUGGCGAUUUGCCUCAUUUGUACGACUGGGACCUGAACUACCUGGCGGACUUGUGGUCGGCCAAAGACUGGAUCAACAGCACACAACAGAACCAAAUCCGAACCCAUGCAGGUGCAUACUCAAUCAGCCCUCGCAAAGGGCUGCGCGUCAUAUCCCUCAACACUCAGCUGUGGUACUUUGGUAACUUUUACAACUACAUCCACUCUUCCAAUGUCGAUGCCAGCGGAAUGCUGCGCUUCCUCACCGACGAGCUUCUAGCGGCCGAGGAGGCAGGCGAACGUGUAUGGAUCAUUGGGCAUGUACUGACAGGAUGGAAUGGAUCUCAGGCCCUCGAUAAGCCUGCCAACCUCUUUUACCAAAUUGUGAGCCGUUUUGCUCCGCAUACCAUUGCCCACAUUUUCUUUGGGCACACGCAUGAAGAUCAGUUUCAACUAUUCUACCGCGACACGCAAGGCGAAUCAGCCGCUGUGAACCAGGACUCUUCGCGUGCCGUGGCCCAAGCCUUUAUUGCCCCUUCUGUUACGACACUGACGAAAGUGAACCCUUCAGUCCGGGUGUACUCGGUCGACCCUUCGACAUUUGACGUGUGA